GAAUGUCGUGCACGUAGUCACCGACAACGGCUCGAACUACAAAAAAGCAUGCAAGGAACUACUAAGUGACGUGUAUGACCACAUAGCUUGGACACCUUGUCUAGCACACACCGUCAAUUUGAUGUUGAAGGAUAUAGCUCGAAGGCCUGAACAUGGUGUUAUCAUCAAGCAGUGUAAGCGAAUUUUAAAUUGGUUACACAAUCAUGGUCAGUUGAAUACAAUGAUGAGGAACGUAAUCGGUGGUGAGUUGGUCAAGUGGAAUGCCACUCGAUUUGGAACCAACUACAUGUUCCUAGAGAGCAUCUAUCGGAAACAUGAUCGUUUCAUGCAGUGGAUGGCAUCUACUGAGUUCCAACACAGCAAAUGGGCGAAUACCGAAGAAGGUAGAUAUACUCAUGCAAGUUUUUCAAGUAUGGAGUGGUGGGAUGCAAUGAAAUAUAUCAUCGACACGGUUCAACCAAUAUACAAGUUCCUUCGCUUCGCUGAUCAGGACAAGAAGCCGAACAUGUGCGAAGUCGUGAUGGCAUACCAGACUAUGAAACAGGAGCUGCAGUCUUUCUUUGGAACAAAUGUUUCCACACUGAAAGAGUAUAUUGAGGUGGUGGACGAGAAAUUGGGUGACGUGUUCAUAGGCACGUAUGUGGGUCCAGCUGCUGUCCUAAAUCCGAGGUAUGCAUAUACGAUGGAUCCAACUCAACAAAUGUUUCGUGGACUCAAAGAUACAUUUCAACGAAUGACGGAUCUCCAGAGCGCCGUCCAGGCAUUGCAGGAGUUUGACGUGUUUUGGCAGAAAGUUGGCGAGUAUAGCAAUGAAAUGGCAAUGCGGAUGGCGAUGGACCCAAAGACAUCCCCCAUGUAA